GUAAAUCAUGGGGCAGUAGCCGAAUUGCACACAAACGCUGUAGAUCCGAAAUAGAUGUUUACAUCCUGUAAAUCAAUAGACAGCAGCUUAGAAAAGCACCGUUAAUAUCCCCCUCUAAAUCCGAGCGUACUCGUAACUGUAGCAAUUCCAGUACAGCGUGCGGUUUGCGUAUGUUAGUCUUGUCCGCACUGCGUUGCGUUCUGACCCGGCGUGUUUUGGGACCCAGCAGAAUCUGGGUUGCUCCAUGCUCGGGGCAGCAGGACUGAAUGGAGAGAGCAGUUGGCAGAUGAAAAUAGGACGUGUCAAAUCCGGCGGGCCGGCAGUAAAAUGAUCUUUUUUAUCCCCAUCUGGAUAGUCUCUGUUUCUGAACACUAGAGGAAAGGCUGAAUCUCAAGGAUUACACUUGCCAGCAAGCUGCAAGCUGCCACUGUAGAACAGACCCCCGAAGCUGGGCAUUUUAUAAAUGCAUUCAAUUUUCCUACUAAAUUAUUGAGUGCGGCUAAUAAACAUGCACUACUGCCAUCGACGAUUUGUAUUUCCUUAACAGUUCAUUUGGAACAAGGAGUAGAAUGAAACAUUGAAGCUGCUGGUUAUCUGAAAUGUUGCAUACAAAAUAUCUUUGUCGAAUUGCGGUUUGGAUACUGAUUUGAGGUCCCAGUCGUCAAGGACUGGAGAAAAUAAUGAGGACUCGAAGGCCAGAAUUGUAGCAGCAGGAUCUAUUUUUAAAUGUUUCAAAGGAAUAAUUCAUCAGACUGUAGCAGCCCAGAGGAGGAAUCCGGUUGCACAGAAUCAAACAGUGUUUGCCUGCACAUAUGCCGUUGGGUUACAUGUUAUUCCAAGUUGAACCAGCUCUUCUUAUUGAAACCAUACAGGGAUCUCUCUGUACAGAGCCUUGAAGAACUUCCAGAAUAGACCGAAAUAAACAACGAAAGAAUCUCACGGGACUUUCUAGUGCUGUAUUAUAUCGUAAUCCGAAGAGGAAGCUGCACACUGUUGCGCAUAUAUGAUUCAACAUACAGUACCUUUCUAGACUUUUAAAAAUAUAUAUUUUCAACGUUUAAAUCGCCCAAAUCUUUCUGAAGACAAUUCUUUCAUUUGUCAAAACUUUAAAUACAGAUACAGACUGGUGUUCAUAGUGAACUUGCUGGAAACUGAAUCAAGUGGGUAAACAUGCCUAACAAAAGGGCUGGGAGUGCUCACUGGUAGACAGUUCCUGCCUUGUUGAAGAAGGGGUUUGUAUUGGCACAAGCUGAACUGCCUGACGUCUCAACCAACCAGCCAAUCAGCAGCAGAGAAGCUGAAAACAGAAGAGCAAAAGGCAUGUGUGCUGCAGUGCAGGAGAGGUAAACCUCCAGCCCUCGUGCAGCAGGCAAAACGGUCAAUCGAAUGGCAACAUGGACGGGCAGAGGAUGGUGAUUUUUGGGGCUGUGUUCCUGGUGAUGACCCUUCUCAUCCUGUAUGGCUCCAACAGCAGCAACGACUACCACUACACCCCUCUGAGGACCAGCCUGCAUUCUCACAACUUGCCCAGCCUGAAGAAGUGGGAGGUCAAGGACGGCUACCUCCCUGUCUACGGGAACAAGACUAUGAACCUCCACUGUAACCAGUGCGCCCUGGUGACCAGUUCAAGUCACAUCCUGGGCAGCAACAUGGGAGCCAAGAUUGACCAAUCAGAGUGUGUUAUACGCAUGAAUGACGCGCCCACGGCGGGUUACGAGAAAGACGCAGGGAACCGGACCACGGUCCGUGUGGUGGCGCACUCUAGCGUGUACCGGGUGGUCCGCCGGCCACAGGAGUUCCUCAAUAAGACCCCCGACCCUGUGAUCAUCUUCUGGGGGCCCCCCACUAAGAUUAGCAAGGACUCCAAGAGCACGCUCUUCAGGCUCAUCCAGCGAGUCAGCAUGACCUUCAUCAACCUCUCCACCUUCACCAUCGCCCCCAAGUGGAUGCGUCAAUUUGACGAUCUCUUCCACAAGGAGACCGGCCGGGACAGAGCGAAGUCUCACUCUUGGUUGAGCACAGGCUGGUUUACCAUGGUGAUCGCUAUUGAGAUGUGCGACAGCAUUCAUGUGUACGGAAUGGUGCCACCUUACCACUGCGGCACGAGAUCCCAGCCCAGGAAAAUGCCUUACCACUAUUAUGAACCCAAGGGACCUGACGAAUGCGCUACCUUCAUCCAGAACGAGAGAGGACGGAGGGGCAAUCACCACCGCUUCAUCACUGAGAAGCAGGUGUUUGCACGCUGGGCCAAGCUCUACAACAUCACCUUCUCCAACCCACAGUGGUGACAAGCUGUGCAGAUGUGUCCCAUAUCACACAGUGGGGUGAACUAAGUGUACUUUACAUGGACUUAACAUGGAAGUGUAUGGGGGGUGGGACUGUCCGUGUUUGAGAAUGAAUGCUCUGGUAGAUGUACACUACCUUCCUGAAAGGCACCUUAUCCAACAACCAGCCCUGCUUAGACUUUAUCAGUGGUGUCACCUGUGCUCUUAAUUCAGUGGAUGAGCGAUAGGAAUUAAACGGCAGGGAGAGAAAUGCUUGGUAGAAGUAACAGUUGUUCUUUGAUACCUUGAGAAACUCUUCAUUGAUACUUCCCAGCUGUUAACUGAAGAAUACAGUUAAAUUAGUGCCUAGUCCCCAGGCUUUUACUAGACCAGGGCUUCCCAAAUCGGGAACCCCCUUUUAUGGAAAAUACCUGCGCAGUCAAUCAGAAAUCACAAGCAUGUCUGCGGAAUCAAAUGGCCUAAUGAAAUGAUUUCUUCUUGCUUAUUGAUGGCUACAAUGCUUUAGAGGUCAGACUCCAAGUUGGUAUGGCUUCAAGCCUGGUGUUAAUGAGUAUUAGAGUGUGAAAGGAAGAUUUGAAAGGUUUCAGCUAGGGGGGGCGGUCACCUUUUUUAAGAUACAUAGCAGUGUGCAUAACUUACAGCACACUGUUCUACUUUUAGACUUGCUGGUUGCAGAUGUGCGUUGGGUGUGGUAUCAUCUACACUGGAUUACAUUCUGAGCAAAUCUUUAAUGGUAACUAUAUAAUGGUAUAAUUACUGUUGAACUUUACAAACAAUAAGAGUGUUCAGUAGAGAACGAGCAGACUUCAGAUAAUCCGUUAAGAGUGUGUGUUUACAUGUAUUGUUUUGUUCAAGGGUCAAGAAGCUUCUACUAAAAUCAAAAUCAAUUCAAGAAACAGGGGUUCAUUAAAGACUGGAGUAAACACUUUUGAAAAGUUUGAACUAAAUGGUCAUGUCCUCUCUGCCAUUUAAAACCAGUAAUGGGUGUCUGUGCACUGUAGUCUGUACCUUUUGUAAAACAAAAUUACAUAGAUUUGUCAGGGAAAAUCUUCCGUGUUUGUCACGGAGACCAGAACCUUUUGAACUUUUCAGUGCCCGCAUUGAGCCCUUUUGUUCUUUAACUCAUCAGGAUUUUCAAGAUUAUUGCUCAGUAUGUUUGUUCUUUUUUUAACUGGACAGUAUUUAUUUAUUUGUUUUGUGCUUUUGGGUUUUGUGAUGCAAUUUGUCUUCAUGUUUUUGAAGGUAAUGCACAGUACAAUGUAACAAGCUUCUGGGUGGAAAGUGUUCACAUUAGUACUACAUUUGUAAAACUAGAAUCAAAUAAACUGGAUGAACCUGU